UCCCCUUUCAAACGAUAUCAACAUUCAUCACAAGCUGACAGCAGCUGGGAGAUACCUGUUGGAGUUGAGUCGUGAUGAGCGUCCGCUGAUCAUGGCGACAGUGUCAGAGAGGCGGGAGGCAGCUGUUGUCGGUGCCCUUGUUGCUGAUGCAGCUAUUCAGCCCCUACACUGGAUAUACAAUAAAGAUAAGCUAGAUGACACUAUCAAGGACAGAGAAGAUAUCGAAUUCUGGACACCAUCAGCCAACCCUUUCUAUUGCCUGGAAACAGGCCUCAACAGUUGCUAUGGUGACCAAUCCUUCAUCAUAUUGAAAUCACUGGUUCAGUGCCAAGGUGUUGAUGUAGAAGACCAGAAGAAGGCCACCUAUGACAGGUUUGGACCUGAGUCAGACUAUGAGAGUGCUGCCGGAACGAAGGAGAAGAAGUUGACCUCAGAUGACCUUCCACUGAAAGGACCAUGGCGCCAUGCCAGUAUCAAACACUUCUUGAAGAACUUCGAGAACAAACUGGAAGAAACAGGAUCAGAGACUGAUGAGCAGAUUGACUGUGUGUUGCGGAUAGUGUCUGUAGUGGCGCUGUACGCAGGUCGGCCUGAGAUGCUAACUCGAGUUGAAGAUGUUUUACGUGUAACCCAGAACUUUGACACAGCUGUGUCAAUCGGUCUUGCUGCCGCAAGAAUCCUUGAAUCCUACAUUCUCCAUGGACCGAGUCCGAAUGUUGUUGAGGAGGUUGUCACCCAGUUAGAGGAUCCCCACAGAAACGCCCCUCAGGACCUCGAUCGGGCGAUUGUUGGUUUCCUCAAAGAGGUCAAGGCCUGUACAGACAAGCAGCACUACACGGUUGUCACCGAGAAAUUCAGAAAAGACUGACAUUUGCCAGGGGCCUUCCAGUCGGCCCUGCACGGCGUGUUGACGGGUACCGAUUACGUCGGCGCCAUCCACACCACCAUGAGAGUAGGAGGCUGCAACGCUUCACGUGGAGGAUUCAUUGGGGCGUGUUUUGCAGCACAGAAUGGAAUAAGCAGCAUCCCAGAUUCCUGGAAAUCAAGGACCAAGAAAUAUGAAGAAAUUGCGAGUCUUGCCAAGGAACUGGUUACCAUCCUGCCUUCAUAAUCAGCCAGAACAUUGCAGUUUUUAUUCAGUAGAUCACGUUUUUUAAAUCAGAUCUUGUUGUCUCUACACAAAAGCUGUGUGUAGCAGGGACAGGAGGUUCUGAUCUUAGGAGAUUGUCAAAAAUGGAGCAGCAAAACAAAUAUAUUAUCUUCCUUUGCUUUUCUUGUGGUUGUGGGGAGUGCUUUGGGAGGAACAAUAGGUAGGAAAGUAUGUCUACAUUGUACCGAAUAUUAUCCCAGUGACGAAUGUGACUUGAGAGUGUGUAUUGUCACCCUGCCUCAGUCUGUGUAUGAAGGAUCAGCUGUACUUCCAGAGGAACGGCUGGCCCUGAUGUCGGUCAGAUGUGGUGCUUGGUUACAACUGACACCCUCGGUCACACCUAAUAUUUCUAAUCAUGACACAUUUCUAUUUAUUUUGUUAUAUUUUUAUUUAGUAAACUAUUAAUUUGUUGUCAUCUCUUGUGGCUGUAAUAGUGCCAGAGUGGUGCAAUAUUUUACUCACUGUUUUAACCAAUGUAUGGACUGAUAGACUCUGUUGGUAUACUCAAGUACAUGUUUUAAUGAAAUCAUGGACGUGAAUAAACGUAUGAUAUAAUAAAUAUGUAUAAAACUACAGUUUUAUAGAACAUAGAGAAAGGCAAAUUCCAUGUACUUGCUGGUCUACAUGAGAUUUUAAUAAAGGAUUUUGUGCGUGCUUUUUGUGAAUUUAAUGACAGAUAUUGACAAUGAUAAUAAAACCAAUGUAGUGAUUGUUAAAAUGAAAUGUUUUUAAAUAUUUUACAAUGAACAGUAUUUUUAAAUCAAAGCACAAAGGGAGGUAAAUCUUGUGUGUUUGAUUGUCUUGUGAGCAUUGCAUACCUCCCUACCCUGUGUGACUCCAUCGUUGGUAAUAAAACAAGAAGUGAA